AUGAACAUGUUGGAAGUAGAAGACGACAGCUUUCACGUCACACGUGAAGGCUACUCCCAUCUGAGUGACUCAGAAUGGGAGGUAGUCGGCCACAUGAGUGUGCUCAUGGGCGAACCCGCCAUCAGUGGUAUGUUGGAGUCUCUAAGCAGAGACCAGCAACAUGCUGCUAUCAACAAGUUCCUACAAGGGGAACUUGCCGUCGAACGACAGAAGAUAGCCUUGCUACAGCAGCAAGGCUCUCAUCAGUCGAUGGGCGGACCAACGCACAUGCACGGCCACUUCAGGGCCCGUCUCAUCGAGGGUGACGAGGUGCAAGUCACCUUCGCCCUGUCAAAUUUGACGGGACGAGCAAAGACUAGGGCCUCAGGGCUCAAGCAUCACGAGCCAGGCGUGUUUGAGUCGUUGAAGAUCUUGAAGUCUCGGCUAAAAGAGACGUUUGAGCCGCCGAGAGCCGAGUCCAGAGCACACUCUGCACUCUUGAGGCUAAAGAAAGGUAAGCGUGACGUGCACGCUUACGCACAGCACCUGCGCUACCUUGCAAGUAGCGUUACGGAGAGCCCUGUUAAUGAGCACACGCUCAUUAACGUGUUCAUCUACGGCCUUGUGGAUGGGCCGGUGAAGACCAACAUGUUCCGAGAGGACUUCUAUACGCUGGAAAAGGCGAUAACGUAUGCGGAACAAGAAGACUUCAGCCUGAGACAGUCUCAGGAUGACUCGUCAAACUAUCGUCCGACGAGACGACAGGAAACAGGAGGUCCCGACCCAAUGGACCUCUGUUACAUCGAGAGCGAUAACGCUCGCUCUCUGAGUCACAAGCGAACGACAAGAUGCCAUCGCUGUCAGAUGAUUGGACGCUACGCUCAUGAGUGUAGUGUCCCAAGCACCGCAUCACGUCCAAAGACAGGACGUGAUGACCGCCGUUGA